AUGCGGCUCUUCACCACCUCGCUCUACGCUCUCGCUCUCGCGGGUACCGCAGCGGCUUGUACGACAACAUCCACGACACCGACAAUAGUUACGGAUCCCUAUCCACCUCGCUCGAGCACUAGCUCAACCAAGGUGACGACAAUCAUUGUGACCGAUCCUACUCCAUCCAAAUCAACAACUACGACCUCUACAAAGUCUGGCUACACCUGGUUCAGCCAGUGUCUCCCAGAAAACUACUUCAGUACCACGACAAGUGCGCCAUGA